AAAGGUUGCCGGUUAUGAGCCGUGGUUCUUCCCAUGAUCAUGGGUUUAAUGCCGAGAUACAGACACUUGGGAGUAUUCGACAUAGACAUAUUGUUAGAUUAUUGGGAUUUUGCUCAAAUCAUGAAACAAAUCUUUUGGUUUAUGAGUACAUGCCUAAUGGAAGCCUUGGUGAAAUGCUUCAUGGAAAGAAAGGAGGUCACUUGCAUUGGGAUACCAGGUAUAAGAUAGCAUUGGAGGCUGCAAAGGGACUUUGUUAUCUUCAUCACGAUUGCUCGCCUUUGAUCCUCCAUCGUGAUGUAAAAUCAAACAACAUUCUUCUGGAUUCCAGCUUCGAAGCUCACGUUGCUGAUUUUGGGCUUGCCAAGUUUUUGCAAGACUCGGGAACAUCAGAAUGCAUGUCUGCUAUUGCUGGUUCUUAUGGCUACAUUGCACCAGAAUAUGCAUACACACUCAAGGUAGAUGAGAAGAGUGAUGUAUACAGCUUUGGUGUGGUUCUGUUAGAAUUGGUGAGUGGGAAAAAGCCGGUUGGAGAAUUUGGUGAUGGCGUUGACAUAGUCCAAUGGGUAAGGAGAAUGACAGAUGGGAAAAAGGAAGGAGUUCUCAAGAUCCUUGAUCCAAGACUCUCAACAGUUCCCCUUCAUGACGUGAUGCAUGUGUUCUAUGUUGCAAUGCUGUGUGUCGAAGAGCAAGCUGUUGAACGCCCCAAAAUGCGCGAGGUUGUGCAAAUGCUAACUGAGCUUCCCAAGCCAUCUGGUCCAAAAACAGAAGAUUCAACAAUCACUGAGUCGCCCCCAUCAUCAGGUCCUGCAUUAGAGUCUCCCACUUCGACUCCUGGAGACACGAAAGACCAGUACCAUCAUCAGCCAUCACCUCAAUCUCCUCCACCUGACCUACUCAGCAUAUGACCUACAAUGUUCCCUUCUAAUAGAGGGUGUAAUUCUCUUCCUUUAGUUUUAUUAUCAGUUUUAUUGGGGGUUGGUUUAUUGUUUAGGCGAUAAGCUUUUACUAGGAAGUGAGUUUCAUUGUACAGUAAGAUUGACUAAGGUAUCUGAGUAACUUUAUCCUUCAAAUUUUCCCAUUUGCUGUUUAGCUUUUUGAUAUUGAAAGAAUCACCACUAGCCACUUUUCAUCAUUACUAG